GUAUUGGCCACAUCAGCUUCAGCCGGCCACGUUGCUUGGGGAUGAGCUCUCAAGCAACACUCGUAGGUUUUGCAGUUUAGCAUUCCAUGGCGCCCAAAGGUAAGGAGCACGCGCCGGCUGUGGAAGAGGCUCCUGCUGCCCCCAGCACACAGGAGCUCGAAGGCAAAAUUCGUGCUCUAAAUGCCGAAAAGGAAAAGGAGGAACGGGCACGCAACCGUGUCCAGAUUGAGCGUGACAAGCUCAACACAUUCUAUGAACUCAAAAAGAAGGAAGUUGACCAAUGCAAAGCGGAGCUGUUCAUUAAAGAUCAUGACAUCCAGGGCAUCGAGGAAAGGCAUCGGGUGCAAAUGCAGGUUUUCAAUCAAAAGACCAGACAUCUUCAGUACGAGCAGCAAGGUAUCAUAGGGGCAGUGAAAGGUGACAAUGAGAUCGCGUUGAAGCUGUUUGCUGAACAAGCCGCAACGCGAGAGCAUCAGCUCUUGUAAGGUUUCUUUUGUGUGAAAAAAACGCGUUGCAUAUCA